AUGAACUUUUGGCACGUGGCAAACGCGCUGGGUUGCAUCAUCCCGCAGCGAUUACGACAUCAUCCCUGCGUGCUUUGCCCCAACUUCGAACCAUGGCUUACUCGAUCGAAGAGCGGGGUGCCCGCUACACUGCCGACUACUCGGUCUACUUCAAGAAUGCCGAGGGCCGCUACAUCUCCCCCUUCCACGAUAUCCCCACCUUUGCCGAUGAGGCGAACGGUAUCGUGAACAUGGUCUGCGAGGUGCCCCGCUGGACCAACGCCAAGAUGGAGAUCUCCAAGGAGAACCCCCUCAACCCCAUCCGCCAGGACACAAAGAAGGGCAAGAUGCGCUUCGUGGACAACUGCUUCCCCCACCAUGGUUACAUCUGGAACUACGGUGCCAUUCCUCAGACCUGGGAGAACCCCGAUGAGACCGAUACCCACACGGGCGAGAAGGGUGACAACGAUCCCAUUGACAUCUGCGACCUCGGCUCGCGCGUGGCCGCGAUCGGUGAGGUCAAGCAGGUCAAGGUCCUGGGCGUCCUGGCCAUGAUUGAUGACGGCGAGACCGACUGGAAGGUUCUCGGCAUUGACAUCAACGAUCCUGAGGCUGAUAAGCUGAAGGACGUCGAGGACAUUGAGAAGGUGAUGGGUGGCUACCUGGCCGCUACCGUCGAGUGGUUCCGCAUCUACAAGAUCCCCGCUGGCAAGCCCGAGAACAAGUUUGCUUUCAACUCGGAGGCCAAGGGCCGUGACUUUGCCUUGAGCAUCAUCAAGGAGACUCGCGAGCAGUGGCAAAAGCUUCACUCUGGCGAGGCUACCAACUCCAAGGUCUGCGUCAAGAGCGCCAUUGGCGGUGUUGAUGUCAUCACUGCUGAGGAAGCCGCGGAAGUUGUUGCGGCCUCUCCCGCCCCGGCUCCGGCUGCUCCCAUUGAUGCCAGCGUCGACAAGUGGCACUACGUGAACCUGGGCAACUAAGCCAGCAAAGCUGAUGCAGUCUGCCUUUUGUACCAUGUUUGACCAGCUCGGACAUGCGUGACACCACACGCAUUUAGUGGAUGUACCGGAUCCUUGGUUGCCAUGUUUUGAGCCAUCAAGCUGUCAUCAAUUGACCUUUGCUGUC